GCGGCCGGGCAACCGAGCGAGGCGCACGCGCUGCCCGAGUAGCCGGGGUUGAGGCGGCCGCCGGGGGAAGGGAGUCGCGAGGGCAGGGCGCCGGUCGUCGGGCCGCGGCGGAGCAGCAGCAGCGGAGCAGCAGCAGCAGCAGCCACCGCGGCCACCCGCUCCUCCUCCUCCUCCUCCUCCACGACGGCAGCCGCCCCCGCAGGCCGCUCCAUGCUGCACCUCCCGGAGCUGGAUGAGAGGCCGGUAGAGGACUGUGGAGAAGGAAACUUUAUAACCAGCACCGCCAGGAUGGAUUUCCCAUCUGCCCACCCACCAAAGCCUCCCGCCGACGGCAAAAUCAUCUUCUACCCUCCUGGAGUCAAAGAGAUCACCGAUAAGAUCACCAACGAUGAAGUGGUCAAACGCCUGAAGAUGGUAGUGAAAACAUUUAUGGACAUGGACCAGGAUUCAGAAGAUGAAAAACAACAAUAUCUCCCACUAGCCUUGCACCUUGCAUCAGAAUUCUUCCUCAGGAAUCCCAACAAAGAUGUCCGUCUCCUUGUAGCAUGUUGCCUGGCUGAUAUCUUUCGAAUUUAUGCCCCAGAAGCACCAUAUACUUCCCAUGAUAAACUCAAGGAUAUAUUCUUGUUUAUUACAAGACAAUUAAAAGGAUUAGAAGACACUAAAAGCCCUCAAUUUAACAGAUACUUUUACUUACUAGAGAAUUUAGCUUGGGUUAAAUCUUAUAACAUCUGCUUUGAGCUGGAAGAUUGCAAUGAAAUUUUUAUUCAGCUUUUUAGGACUCUCUUUUCUGUUAUCAACAAUAGCCACAACCAGAAAGUUCAGAUGCACAUGUUAGAUUUGAUGAGUUCUAUCAUCAUGGAAGGCGAUGGAGUGACUCAAGAACUGCUGGAUUCAAUUCUUAUCAACCUCAUCCCUGCCCACAAGAACCUUAAUAAACAGGCAUUUGAUCUUGCAAAAAUCCUGUUGAAAAGGACAGUCCAGACCAUUGAGCCAUGUAUUGCCAAUUUUUUUAACCAGGUUCUGGUGGUAGGAAAAUCUUCUGUAAGUGACUUGUCAGAGCACGUAUUUGAUCUAAUACAGGAGCUUUUUGCUAUUGAUCCUAAUUUAUUAUUAUCCGUCAUGCCACAGCUUGAAUUCAAACUGAAGAGCAAUGAUGGAGAAGAACGUUUAGCUGUUGUUCGGCUUCUGGCUAAAUUGUUCGGUUCGAAAGAUUCUGACCUUGCAACACAGAACCGUCCUCUUUGGCAGUGCUUUCUUGGCCGAUUUAAUGAUAUCCAUGUCCCUGUGCGAUUAGAAAGUGUGAAAUUUGCAAGUCAUUGUUUAAUGAACCAUCCAGAUUUAGCAAAAGACCUCACUGAGUACUUAAAAGUUAGAUCACAUGACCCAGAAGAAGCCAUUCGACAUGAUGUCAUUGUUACAAUAAUAACUGCUGGCAAGAGGGAUCUUUCUUUAGUCAAUGACCAGCUACUUGGCUUUGUGAGAGAAAGAACACUGGACAAGAGGUGGCGUGUAAGGAAAGAAGCCAUGAUGGGGCUUGCUCAGCUGUACAAGAAAUAUUGUCUUCAUGCCGAAGCUGGGAAGGAUGCAGCAGAGAAAGUGAGCUGGAUAAAGGAUAAACUUUUGCACAUAUAUUAUCAGAAUAGCAUCGAUGACAAGUUACUAGUGGAGAAAAUUUUUGCUCAGUAUCUUGUUCCUCAUAAUUUGGAAACAGAAGAAAGGAUGAAGUGCUUAUACUAUUUGUAUGCUAGCUUGGAUCCAAAUGCUGUUAAGGCACUUAAUGAGAUGUGGAAGUGCCAGAACAUGCUUAGGAGUCAUGUGCGAGAGUUACUGGAUUUGCAUAAGCAACCCACUUCAGAGACCAACAGUGCCGCUAUGUUUGGAAAGCUGAUGACCAUAGCAAAAAAUCUUCCUGAUCCGGGGAAAGCACAGGACUUUGUGAAGAAGUUCAAUCAGGUGCUUGGUGAUGAUGAGAAGCUGCGUUCUCAGCUCGAGCUAUUAAUCAGCCCUACAUGUUCCUGUAAGCAGGCAGACGUCUGUGUGAGGGAAAUUGCACGAAAACUUGCAAACCCUAAGCAGCCAACCAACCCUUUCCUGGAGAUGGUUAAAUUUCUUUUGGAAAGAAUUGCCCCUGUUCACAUUGACUCAGAAGCCAUCAGUGCAUUAGUCAAGUUGAUGAAUAAGUCCAUAGAAGGGACGGCUGAUGACGAAGAGGAGGGCGUCAGCCCUGAUGCAGCUAUUCGUUCUGGGCUUGAACUUCUCAAGGUUUUGUCUUUCACACAUCCUACCUCGUUCCACUCUGCAGAGACAUACGAAUCUUUGCUGCAGUGCCUCAGGAUGGAAGAUGAUAAGGUAGCCGAGGCAGCCAUUCAGAUAUUCAGAAACACAGGCCACAAAAUAGAAACAGAUCUACCACAGAUAAGAUCGACUCUAAUUCCUAUUUUACAUCAGAAGGCAAAGAGGGGAACACCUCACCAGGCAAAACAAGCUGUUCACUGUAUACAUGCCAUAUUUUCAAAUAAAGAAGUGCAGCUUGCACAGAUCUUUGAGCCUCUAAGCAGAAGCUUGAAUGCUGAUGUUCCAGAACAACUGAUAACUCCAUUAGUUUCUUUGGGUCACAUUUCCAUGUUAGCGCCAGACCAGUUUGCAUCACCGAUGAAGUCUGUAGUGGCAAAUUUCAUCGUCAAAGAUCUCCUGAUGAAUGACAGGUCUACAGGUGAGAAAAAUGGGAAAUUGUGGUCCCCAGAUGACGAGGUUUCUCCAGAGGUUCUAGCAAAGGUUCAAGCAAUUAAACUGCUGGUACGCUGGUUGUUGGGUAUGAAAAAUAACCAGUCAAAAUCUGCAAAUUCAACUCUCCGGUUAUUAUCAGCUAUGUUGGUCAGUGAGGGUGACUUGACAGAACAAAAGAGAAUCAGCAAGUCUGAUAUGUCCCGCCUACGAUUGGCUGCUGGCAGUGCCAUAAUGAAGCUUGCACAGGAGCCUUGUUACCAUGAAAUUAUAACCCCAGAGCAGUUCCAGCUCUGUGCAUUGGUCAUUAAUGAUGAAUGUUACCAGGUGAGGCAGAUAUUUGCUCAGAAGCUACAUAAAGCACUGGUAAAAUUACUGCUCCCAUUGGAGUACAUGGCAAUUUUUGCAUUGUGUGCCAAAGACCCUGUAAAGGAAAGGAGAGCACAUGCAAGACAGUGCUUGCUAAAAAAUAUAAGUAUACGGCGAGAGUACAUUAAGCAGAAUCCUAUGGCCAAUGAAAAGCUUUUAUCUCUGCUGCCUGAAUAUGUGGUACCAUAUAUGAUUCACUUGCUGGCUCAUGAUCCAGAUUUCACAAAACCUCAAGAUGUUGAUCAGCUUCGUGAUAUCAAAGAGUGCCUAUGGUUCAUGCUGGAAGUCUUAAUGACAAAGAACGAAAACAACAGCCAUGCCUUCAUGAAAAAGAUGACUGAGAGCAUCAGACUUACGCGGGAUGCACAGUCUCCAGAUGAGCCAAAGGUUAACGAGAAACUCUACACUGUCUGUGAUGUGGCCCUGUGUGUAAUCAACAGCAAAAGUGCAUUAUGUAAUGCAGAGAUUCCAAAGGAUCCUGUAUUGCCAACCAAAUUUUUUACACAACCUGAAAAGGAUUUUUGCAAUGACAAGAAUUAUAUUUCGGAAGAGACCAGAGUUCUUCUGUUAACAGGAAAGCCAAAACCAGCUGGUGUGUUGGGUGCAGUAAAUAAACCCCUUUCUGCAACUGGAAGAAGACCAUAUAUUAGAAGUGCAGGAUCAGAAACAGGAAGCAAUAAUAGCGUAAACUCAGAGCUGAACUCUUCUGCAGGAAACCGAUCAAGAGAGCAGAGCUCAGACAUAUCAGAAAUUGGCGUCAGUGAAAAUGAUGAAAAUCCAGUCAGACUUAUUUCUGUAACUCCAGCAAAAAUAGAACCUGUUAAGAACAAGGAGAUGAAUUCCGAUCAGGCGACACAAGGGAACGUUAGCACUGAGCGAGGGAAAAAAAGAACCACAGCGGCAGCUGGAGCAGAGAAUAUUCAUCAAAAGACAGAAGAAAAGAAAACAGACGAGAUGGGACAGUCUGCCCCUCCCAAACCCCGGAGAGGGCGUCCUCCCAAGUCUGAAUCUCAGGGCACCACAGCAAAAAACGCUGAAGCUAGUAAGCCAUCUGGCAGGGGACGGAAAAGAGCAGCGCCAAGUCAAGAAGGUCCAGGGGGGUUAGAGGCAAGUAAUGCCAAAGCACCAAAACAGGAAGCAGCAAAAAAAGCAGUACCAGCACAGAGACAGAUUGACCUACAAAGGUAAAAAGAAAAAGAAAACUUGCUCACAAGGGGAGGAAAGGAGGGCCCAAUCAAGGUGUGCCCCAAGCUUCUGCAAAAACCAAGAAACUUCCUAUAUAGGAACUGAAAAUAUUUCAACACUUGGCUUUCAGCUCUGAAGACAGAAGGAAAACUCUGCUUCCCUUUCAGUUGAAAUUAAUCUGCAGAAACUCUUGAGAAACAGAGAGAGGCUAAAAGCAUCUGUACUUAUUUCCCCAGAGACUUUUUUUAUGAAAAGUCAAUAAUUAAGCAAAUUGCUUAACACUUGAUUCCAGUUCCUGCAUAUCUGGAGUUUAAAAGUGUUUUACCCCAUUAAUUUUCAUGCUGCAUUUUUUUAAAGAAAGUCAGAAGAAGGUCCUUACGGCAACGUUGAAAAUUCUCAGACCUAGAACCAGAUAUUGCCCAUCUUUUUGUGAGGAGAAAGUUGAAGCCUACUGAAACCGGUUUUAAACGAAUACCCAAGGAAGAUGCCCGAAUCUUGUUUGCUUUAAUUUUGGAGACUCUUCUGUAUAAUUCUUUCAACCUAUCUACUUUCCAGCAAAAAUAAGGUGUACAGAUUUUGGUUUCUGCUAUGAAAUGUCACAUAGUGGCAGUUUUUAUACAUGUUGCUUUCUGACUUUUUAUCAGAGUGGGAGAGUAAUCACUUGAUGAUUGAUUUGCAAGUAGACAUUUCAUUUUUUAAAAAUUUCCCCCUCUGUUUUAGUUUAAUAUAAUUUGCAAUAAAUGUACAUAUUGUUGUUUGUUUUAUAAAAACAUAUAUCACUUCUAAGUGGGUUUACUCCUGUGGUUCUGUUGGAAUAUUCUAAAUUUUAAUGGAGUAAAGACUGCCCGGUAUUUGAUUUUAUAAUGUUUGUCACCAGAUUUUUAUUAUUGAUGUAAAAAAAUCAAUUUUUAAAAAUAGUUGGGCUUCGGCAGCUUUGUAAGGAACGUUUGGAAAUGUUUAGGAUUGUUCUCAAUUUUAAGCAUUGUGCUGAUUGAAAAUAAGUCUGUUUCAUGUUUUUGUCUUCCUGUCCCAGCUCAUUUUUAAAGUUUCGUUUAGAAGACCGUUGCAUCAAUAUUAAUUUUCCAGGCAUUGUUCAGCAUACUGUGUACACUUUUAUGUACACAUUAUCAUAUUUAAGUUUGUUGCAUAAAAUAAAUGCUUCUAGGUG